AUGAAAUACAGUCUCCAUUUGACAUUUGUGUGUCUGAGUCUCUUCACCCCAAGGAUGUGCAUCCAAGGGAAUCAAUUCAACAUUGAGGUCAGCAGAAGUGACAAGCUCUCCCUGCCUGGCUUUGAGAACCUCACAGCAGGAUAUAAUAAAUUUCUCAGGCCCAGUUUUGGCGGAGAACCAGUUCAGAUAGCACUGACUCUGGACAUUGCAAGCAUUUCUAGUAUUUCAGAGAGUAACAUGGACUACACAGCCACCAUAUACCUCAGACAGCGCUGGACGGACCAGCGGCUGGUAUUUGAAGGCAACAAGAGCUUCACUCUGGAUGCGCGCCUCGUGGAGUUCCUCUGGGUGCCAGACACUUACAUUGUGGAGUCCAAGAAGUCCUUCCUCCAUGACGUCACUGUGGGAAACAGGCUCAUCCGCCUCUUCUCCAAUGGCACAGUCCUGUACGCUCUCAGAAUCACGACGACUGUUGCCUGUAACAUGGACCUGUCCAAAUACCCCAUGGACACACAGACAUGCAAGUUGCAACUGGAAAGCUGGGGUUACGAUGGGAACGAUGUGGAGUUCAGCUGGCUGAGAGGGAAUGACUCCGUGCGUGGGCUGGAAAACCUGCGCCUUGCUCAGUACACCAUCCAACGGUAUUUCACCUUAGUCACCAGAUCACAGCAGGAAACAGGAAAUUAUACACGACUGGUCUUGCAAUUUGAGCUUCGGAGGAACGUCCUGUAUUUCAUUUUGGAAACCUAUGUUCCUUCCACUUUCCUGGUGGUGUUAUCCUGGGUUUCGUUUUGGAUUUCCCUCGAUUCUGUUCCUGCAAGAACCUGUAUCGCCUAUUUGAUGGCCACCACUGUUAUUCCAAAUUUACUAGUGAGGAAUCUGCUGCUCAGAGAAGGGACGGCGGCGAAAGAAGUGGAAGAAGUCAAUAUCACUAACAUCAUCAACAGCUCCAUCUCCAGCUUUAAACGGAAGAUCAGCUUUGCCAGCAUUGAAAUUUCUGGGGAUAAUGUUGACUAUAGUGACUUGACCAUGAAAACUAGUGACAAGUUCAAGUUUGUCUUCCGAGAUAAGAUGGGCAGGAUUGUUGAUUAUUUCACAAUUCAAAAUCCCAGUAAUGUUGACAGAUAUUCCAAAUUACUAUUUCCUUUGAUUUUUAUGCUAGCCAAUGUAUUUUACUGGGCAUACUACAUGUAUUUUUGA